AUGUCCUCCUCCAACACCAUCAAAGUCGUCGCCCGCUUCCGCCCACAGAAUCAUAUCGAACAAGCCGCCGGCAGCGGGUCGAUUGUGGAGUUCUCGGGCGAGGAUACCUGUACCGUUACCUCGAGAGAAGCCAGCGGCACCUUCACCUACGAUCGCGUCUUUCCCAUCAAUGCCCGCCAACACGAAGUCUUCGACUACUCCAUCCGCAGCACCGUCGAUGAUGUGCUGGCCGGGUACAAUGGAACCGUCUUCGCCUACGGCCAGACGGGCUCCGGCAAGACGUAUACCAUGAUGGGCGCGGACAUUGGAGACGACCAGGCCAAAGGUAUCAUCCCGCGCAUCGUAGAGCAAAUCUUCGACAGUAUCCUGCGCAGCGAUGCCAGCAUUGAAUUCACGGUCAAGGUCAGCUACAUGGAGAUCUACAUGGAGAAGAUUCGGGAUCUGCUGGUGCCGCAGAAUGAUAAUUUGCCGGUGCAUGAGGACAAGUCGAGAGGCGUGUACGUCAAGGGGUUGCAUGAGUUCUAUGUUGCCAACGUGGGUGAGGUUUACCAGGUUCUGGAAAGAGGUGGGCAAUCAAGAGCAGUGGCGGCAACAAACAUGAACCAGGAGUCCUCUCGGUCACAUUCCAUCUUCGUGAUAGAAGUCACCCAGAAGAAUACAGAGUCAGGCUCUGCCCGCUCCGGUCGGCUGUUCUUGGUCGAUCUGGCGGGGUCUGAGAAAGUCGGCAAGACUGGCGCGUCCGGACAGACUCUGGAGGAGGCGAAGAAGAUCAACAAAUCUCUGUCUGCGCUCGGCAUGGUCAUCAACGCGCUCUCUGACGGCAAGAGCAGCCACAUUCCUUACCGAGACAGUAAACUCACGCGGAUUCUACAAGAAUCGCUCGGCGGAAACUCUCGCACGACUUUGAUUAUCAACUGCUCGCCAAGCAGCUACAACGAUUCCGAGACGAUGUCGACCCUGCGGUUCGGCGAACGUGCAAAGACCAUCAAACAGAAGGCCAAGAUCAACGAGGAGCUCUCGCCUGCUCAACUCAAGGCGCAGCUCAAGAAGGUGCAGAGUGAGGUUAUGCACUACCAAACAUAUCUAUCCUCCCUUGAGGGUGAAGUCAACACCUGGCGAGGAGGUGGUCAGGUACCGAAGGAGCAAUGGACACCAGCGUUGAAAGCGAUUGCCGGGUCGAUGUCCCAGGCACCUCCGCAAUCUGCCACGCCUAGUAGACUGCGAUCAACACAGGAUAUUCCGGGCACGCCGAGACCGGAGAGCAGAAUGGAAAUUGAGAGGUCUGGAACGCCGAGUAUUCUCAUGGACCGGGAUGAGAAGGACGACUUUUUGAGGCGGGAGAAUGAGUUCCAAGAUCAGCUGGCUGAGAAGGAGUCUGCCCUCGCAGCCGCAGAGGAAGCUCUCAAGGUGGCCCGAAAUGAAAUCCGGGACCUUCGUGAAUCUCAUGUGAAUGUCACGCGCUCGAACGAAAAGUUGCAGGGCGAUGUCGAAGGCUUCCGAAUGCAGGUUGAGAAAAUCCAGUUCGAGACCAAGGAGGCGUCUAUCACCAUGGACUCUCUCAAAGAGGCCAACAGCGAGCUCACCGCGGAGCUGGAUGAUGUCAAGCAUCAAUUGCUCGAUGCCAAGAUGACUGCGAAGGAGUCAUCUGCUCUGCUUGACGAAAAGGACCGACUGAAGAAGGAGCGUAUGGCGCAGAUGAUGGCGGGCUUUGAUCUUGGUGAUGGCAUGAUGUCGGCUAACGAAAUGCACGUCCGGGAGAUGAUUCAGCGAGUGGACAACCUGACGGAAAUUGCCGAGAACGGUGAUGUGAUUGCUCCUGACGAACUACAAUCACUGAAAGAGCGCCUGCUCGAAAUUCAGGGCGUUGUACGGCAGGCGGAUGUGGGAGCAAACGGCCACGAGGAUGACGCGCACAGCGCCGCACUCGAGGAUCAGCUUGCACGCGUGCAACAAGACUACCAAAACAUCCUCGAACGCAACCUAUCUCCAUCAGAUGUGGAGGAGGUGAAGAGGAGACUACAAGACUCAUUCGCGUCUCAACAGAACGGCAACGCACACUCACCAGAUGUCCAAAACGCACUCUCCCGACAGCAGGAAGAGAACGCGCGUCUCACCGACGAGCUCGAAACCCUGCGAAAACAAGCGAUCAACGGCGGCGCCAACGGCGCGACGCUAAGCAAGCAACUCGCCGACUUCGACAUGAUUAAGAAAUCGCUCAUGCGCGACCUGCAGAACCGCUGCGAGCGCGUGGUGGAGCUGGAAAUCUCCCUCGACAGCACGCGCGAGCAGUACAACAGCAUUCUGCGCAGCUCGAACAGCAAGCAGCAGCAGAAGAAACUCGCUUUCCUGGAGCGGAAUUUGGAGCAGCUCACGCUGGUGCAGCGGCAAUUGGUGGAGCAGAAUGCGCAGCUGAAGAAGGAGGUGGCGAUUGCGGAGCGGAAGCUUGUUGCUCGGGGGGAGCGGAUUCGGGGGUUGGAGGGUUUGGUGGCGGAGAGUCAGGAGAAGUUGAUGGUUGCUAACCACAAAUUCGAAUCCCAAUUACUCGCCGUCAAGGAGAGACUGGAGGCCGCCAAGUCCGGGUCGACGAGAGGUCUGGGCCAGGGCUCGGCGCAAUCGCCCGUCGCUUCUUCGAACUUCGCCAACAAUCCUUUCGGUCGUAUCGCGAAGCCCCUCCGUGGAGGUGGAGGUGGAGGUGGGAAUGACGGGCCUAUGGUGCCCACCUUCUCGAACAUGCUUAGUGCACACACCCAGCAGCAGCACGGGAUGGGCUCGCCGCCGCAGGAGCAUUUUGGCACGGCCAAUGGUGCGGGCAAGCGUGGGAGUUGGUUCUUCAAUCAGCGGACUUGA